CCAAUCUCUAAUUUCCCAGUCUAUUUCGCUACCUUACGUUCCAACUAUUGUGUUUUUUUGCUGUGUCGUGUGUGUUUUUGUGUUCAUUACAUUUUCUUGAACCCCAACCGUUGACGGUCAUCAAAUCUCUUUUUUUUUUAUUUUAUUUUAGCUACCUUCUAUUUUAUGGUUUUCCUCUGCAAAACACAAUAGGCUCGGCUUCCAACUCAACCUACGUGUUCGCCGGCUCAGCCGCGCUUUAACAAAUCGACUGCCAUGCCAGUUUGUCCUGGGUACGCUCUGCGAUCGCACUCGCCGGCUUCAAUAUCCGGCUGAAGACAUAAAUAUCGCGAUCAUUGGCUUCUUCGCCGCCGCCGCCGCUGAUUCAAGUCAUGACUUCUCCCUCUCCUCCACGAACUGGCACUGGCACUGGCACCUAUCACGACUCCCCACGGACCUAUGAUUCUGGUCGUACUUUGAGCAGCUCUGUCGCGGGAAGAUCUGCCCGUCUACGCCCUCCUCGAUCCCUCCCACCCUGGAUCGAUUCAUGGGACGACAAACAUGGUUCAGUAAGCGACGACCAACUGCGGCUCCUCCGGCCUCCCACUCGCGCUGUGCCACCACAACAUAACUCGUCACCAAGUGACCCUCAAAGACGAAUCUCGAAAGAUGGCUUCGUCGAUCCACAAGAUCCUCUCGUUGGUCAAGGCCAGGAAACGAGAGGCAAGAUCCCCCAUUUUAUGCGCUACGGUCGCGCCUCGAUGCGUGGCAGGAAAUGGGAUCAUUUGAGAUCCGCAGAACCCGUUAUUGUGCCAGGACAUAAACCAGCAUUAACCUCGCAGCCGAACAUAGCAUGGCAAGACUUUGUCCAAUCUUCGUCAUGGGGUCGCAUGACUAACGAGGACUCGAAAGUGAUGGAUGUUGAGGCUCUAAACCACCUACAACCAAAUUUCAACACACCAGCCCGCCAUCCUUACAAUGCACAAGAAGCCAGGAUCUCACGGAAGAAGAGGACGCUAGCUCCGUACAAACGUUUAUGGAAUAUAGCUAUUCGGCACUCUCUUGCUCCUCUAAUGUUUAGAUUGAGCGUCAUGGUCACCUCAAUUAUUGCCCUUGCUAUUGCGGCGCGGAUCCACCUGCUUGAAGACGUUGAUAGCACAGAUUCAGCUGAGGAGACACAGUCCAUCGUUGCCGUGGCCGUAGACUGCGUUGCUAUUCCAUACAUUGGUUAUAUGAUCUGGGAUGAGUACACAGGAAAGCCUUUGGGUUUAAGGUCUGUUGUCUCCAAGAUCUCUCUCAUCUUGCUAGACCUCUUUUUCAUUAUCUUUAAGUCGGCAAGCACAGCACUUGCGUUCGAAAGCCUUGUCUAUCAUAACUUGUCUGAUACAGCAGUCAAGAGCUUGUCUAAGGCGCUGGCAGCAUUCAUGCUCAUGGGAUUGAUUGCUUGGACGAUGAACUUUGCAGUCAACAUAUUCCGGACAGUGGAGCGCCUGGGAGGAGGUGAAGAUGAUGGGCUGCAUGGUUAGGAAAGGAAGUGAGAGAAGGACUGGAGCAACGGACUUGGUUUGGAAAUUUUAGGAUACCCCUUUGAGCAGGGAGUGCUUAUGGCGACUUGUUGGAUUAUAUGGGACAUUGAUAUCACGGUAGACCGUGCUUAGCGUUCAUUGCUGCUCUCUUUUUCCUUUAUUAGUAUUACAGGCUACCUAUCACACAUGCCGUGCUAAACAUGCAUGUUUCUUUGCAUUCAGGAACAACAUUUGGCAUGGGGAGGAAUCAAACGAAUAAAACUCAAUAAUACGUCUCCUUGCUGGAAUGUGCAGUAAUGUUUUUAUUUAUCGAGUUGGUA